AUGUGGCCAUUUACCAAAUCACGAUCAGAUAGCAAUACGAUUGCAAGCUAUCCGACUCCUAAUCCAUCUACCCCACAUGAACGAUCACCAUUGGUAUCGACUUCUAGAAACGACUCUGCUCGGAAUACACUCUCACGCCAACGAACACCUUUACCGGUCAAACAACUCUUGGUACUAUGUAUCAUGCGACUCACAGAACCGAUUUCAUACACCUUGAUUUUUCCAUUCAUCAAUCAAAUGUUGGAGGAAAUGAAAGUAUCACCCGACCCUAAGCAGAUAGGAUACUAUGCUGGUGUGAUUGAAAGUCUCUUUGCGGUGGCUCAGCUCUGUACAGCUAUGUUUUGGGGUCGACUGUCUGAUCGAGUCGGAAGGAAGCCGGUGAUGCUGAUCGGACUUUUUGGGAUGGCUAUCAGUGUAAUCGCCUUCGGCCUACAAAAGACAUACCUCGGAUUAAUUAUCUCUCGCUUCAUAGCUGGAAUGAUGAAUGGAAAUAUCGCUAUUCUACAGAGCAUUGUGGCCGAGAUUACAGAUCCGACAAAUUAUGCUGAUGCGGUGUCUUUGCUUCCAUUGUCAUUCGCAAUUGGAUCAAUCAUUGGUCCUAUUGUCGGAGGUUUCUUGGCUUUACCAGCUCAGAAUCUUCCUUUUCUUUUUGGAAAUUGUGCUUUCUUGAUCGAAUAUCCUUACUUCUUACCUUGUCUCAUUGGUGGAAUGUUGAAUUUUCUCGCGAUCAUCCUCGGAAUCUUUUGCUUAGAAGAGACGCUGGAAACUAAACGCAAGCCACGAAAUGGGACGCAAAGACCGACACCAUCACAAGGUUACGAAGCCUUGUCAACUGCUGAUUCUGACUCUCGGCCAAACGUAUCGCCCCCGCAUAGUAUCAGGUCAUUAUGUACCGUACCGAUCAUGACUCUGAUGCUGACGUUCACGAUGAUUCACAUCAACAAUGUUGCCUUGGUGGCUGUGAUUCCACUUUAUGCAUACACAAGUUUAGUUGAGCAUGUACUCUUGUCGAUUGUGGUAAACGGCGGGCUGGGAAUGUCGCUUGACCAGAUUGGAUUCAUUCUCAGUGUGAAUGGAGUAGGACUAAUCUUUGUUCAGCUCUUCCUUUUUCCACCUCUUCAAAGACGAUUUGGAGCGGUUAAUCUCUACAAGUGGUCGGUUCCGACCUUUACCAUCACAAACCUUUGUCUACCCAUUGUGACCUACUUAGUCCAUAUCAAAGGCAACACUACCACUAUGUCAUUGGCGUACAUGACAGUCAUCAUGAUCAUGAGAACUCCGGGUGUCAUGUGUUAUGUGUGCUCAAUGAUGCUCAUCAAGAUGCUUUCACCCAGCUCGACAACUUUGGGAACGUUGAAUGGGAUGAUGCAGACGUGUCGAGCCUUUGCACAAGCCAUUGGUCCUAUGCUAGGUACUUCAUUAUUUGCCAUAAGUAUUUCAACUGGAAUACUUGGUGGUAAUUUAGUUUGGAUAGUAUUAGCCUUAAUUUCAGUACUGGCUCAAUUAUGUUCACGUAGAAUUCCCAAUGAGAUUGAAAUACCAAAGGAAGAGGUUAUAUCUGAAGAAGAUGGUGUCGAACCUCAUGUUUGA